AUGUUCGGGAUUUCGGCUCGGACACUUCUAGUGCCGGCAGUUCACAGCCUGUGCGGCUCGCUGGUUCAGGAGCAAAUGAAGAUUUGGUUGUGGAGCUUCGCCACGGCCGCGUGUGGCAUACUCGUGGAGAGACACUCCUCGGAAGUGCAUCUACAGCUUUCGGCCUCGCAUUUGCCACCGUUCCCGCAGCCUCCGGUGCAGUCUGCCCUUCCAGAGCUGCCAACAUUGCCACAGUCGGUUUUCGACAUAUCUCCACCGACGGUACGAAUGAUGCCAACAUUGCCGCCGAAUGCCUCUGAAGUUCCUCCAGCAACCAAGCAAAGGGAGGCAUGA